AUGGCCGAAAAGGCGAAUCCACCGACCCUUAAACGUCGUCGCUCUGAUGCGAAAAGAAGGACCUAUCAACGUUUACCCCCCGAAGAUGACGUUUUUUACCGUGGUGGGUACGAAUUGGGAACCACCACUCACGGUUUCAUUUUCAACGAUGAAUGGCUUAUGGUAGCCCUUGAUCAUCCAAGUGGGGAAGUGCCUCCAGCAAAUGUUAGCCUACUCAACUCUCGCCUGCUUGCUGCUUUUUCUGGCGGGAGUGAAUCUUCGCGUGAAUACUUGCUAAAUCUUCUUCCGAACAAGGGACCUUCGCUGUAUAAAGUGAAAGGCAACGGAAGACGGCUUGAAGUUAGAGGCUCGUCUGCUGGAACUGGAUGUGCUGCAGGUUGCUCUUCUAUAAUUAAGAACAUGCUCCCUGACGAUAACAAGGAUAUAACCGUGGAUAAAGCUAAGGAGUGGGCCAAAAAGACACUUUGUAUGUCUGUAUAUCAUGCCCAUGAAUGUGGAGAAUGUGUCAGUGUCUAUUAUGUUGGACGUCCUGGGGUCAAACUGGUGGUCUCGAAUGAGAAUAUUAUGAAAUUGCAAAAGCUUUACUUGAGGGAAGUUGGGCGAAAGUGGGAAGACUUGCGUAAGUACAACAAAGCUCGGGCUCUUGGAAUGGGCCUCGAAUUGCGCAAUGCUUCUGCUAGCUGGGGAAGAAUUGGGUAG